AUGUAUGGUCUAGGCAGCGAAGAGACGGUAAAACCAACUGGCCCCGGUGCUGUAUCAUCUGGACUAUAUUUGGCCUGCAAGGAUGGAAAAUGGGACAGGAAUAAAAAGUACGCAUCUAGGAGAAGAAAAUCUCUGAACACAAGAAUUCUUAGAGCACCUGCGGUUUAA